AAUCAGCUUCCUCCAACGCAUUGACUUCCUUUGUCUCUAUCGAGCUCGCGAGGCGAUGCAGCGGCGUCAGCAGCUAAGUAGAAUGGUACGAGCGCCAGAUUCCCGGGUGUUCGAACCGUGAAGAUAGCGACGACGAAUGCAGCUUAUUAUCAAGAUAUACUGUGCCCUUUCAACCGAGUUGCUGUCGGGGUUGUCGAAGGUCUGUGCAUUUACGACAUAUGGAGAACCAAGUACCCCCUCACGACGGAGAAGUGGAUGCGCAUGGUACGUCAUGAAGCGGGCACCCGGGCGGAGGUUUCACCCUGGUGACGCUUCCGUGCACCAUCGACGGGUCGCAGGCUGUCGCGGGCGCCAAACAAUAACAGGCGAGGGCGGGAUGACAAAAUGGCAAUUACCCUGAUCUCAAUAAUGGAUCGGGUGUAUGAUCAAAUCUGGCGGGAUCUGCUAGUGAUCUGCUACGAUAUUUUGGGCGUUUAAUUAUGCAGCCCAUUUAGUCACUCCGCCGCGCCUAUUUGCGUCGGUUCUAUGACAGGUCGACGUCGCCUGCAUGACGGGCCCCACGAAUUUCGUACUUGUCCCAUUUAGCCUUCCCCCCUCUCCCCGUUUUCUACCCCGCGACACCUCUCUGGCGUUCGCAGCUCCCUCUCCUCCCCCCUCCUCCCCCACUCUAGGCAUGGCUCAGAAUCAAGUUCACGGGUGGUGUCCUGCUCUCCUCCAUCAUCAGGGAGACGCUCCCGUCCCAUCCUACCCCAUGUCGUACUGCGAACCCCCGGCCUAUGUUCCCUCCCAGUUCCCACUAGCGAGACCGACACCUUCCAUUCCAUCCUCUGCUGCUGCUCAGCCGUCCCUAAAUUAUGAUACCCCACCCAUCUCCACCCGCCCGCCGACACCCAACCUCCCGUCAUCCUCUCAACCGUCGUCGAAACCAUCUCUCACCGGCAAGGCACCAUCUACCAUCCGCCGUUUCUCGCGCAAGGCAGCUGACGACCCAAACUACAUCCCCCGCCCGCGCAACGCCUUCAUCAUCUUCCGCUGCGACUAUACCGAAAAGCACAAACUCGACAACGCCGCAGCUGCCGCCUGCAACAAGGAUGGUAGCAGCAAGCCCAACCUCCCCGCGAAGACGCUAUCCAAGCGCGCGGCGGAAGCAUGGCGCGCGUUGCCCGAGGCGGCGAAAGAGGAGUGGAAGAUCAGAGCCAAGCAAGAGGCGCUGGUGCACCAGGAGACGUUCCCUGAGUACAAGUUCCGCCCCGCAAAGCCCAAUUCCAGGUCUACUGGCGACGCACACCCAUCUCAGGUUUACGAGCAGUGCUGGGCAGCCUCUACGUUGUCACGGCCUCGACUUCAGCUUCAGUCUACCCCGGCUAGCACUUGUGCGAGCGAGGCGCCUUCCCGACACAUUUCGCCCACACCUACUGAGCUCGAGGUCCUGAGCGCUGUUGAUGACGGUGAAGACGCAGAGCUCCUUGCGCGGCGCCGUGCUUCGCUCCCGCCGCCUACGGCGUAUCCACAAUUUUUGCUGCCAUCUAACUCUCUCUCGCGGAAUAUGCGGCGGUCUAGGUCGCUCGCAACGCAUGUGUCUGGUCCGUUCCGCACGCCUGUGCGUCCGCCGCCCGUGCCUCAUCCCUACGGGGCGUACUCGACGGGCAGUCUCCCGGUUGACUACACGCCGUCGCCUCUGAAUUAUAUGUACCUUCCCACUCCAGAUCCUACGUAUACGUUUCCUCCCAACGAUGCCUACUCGAGCCCUACUCAGAAUCCCGGCGCUGCUUACCAGCCUGCCACUGUCUCGCCACUUAGCAUUCACUCCGCGUACCCUCCUGUCGAGCCUCCCGAACCUCACGUGUCCCCACUCGCGCACGUUGCUACAACUUGGAACGGCCUUGCGAGCGAACCCUCUACUUCGUCUCAGGACCUCGACCUCUCCUACCCGCUAGCAGAAUCGCCCUCGGACACCUCCCCGGCGUCGAACCACCUGCCGACACCAGCGAGCCCACCGAUCCCUCCUCCUGCUUACACGACGCAGGCGGUCGAGCCCGUCGCAGCUCCCGCGAUGGAGACGGCGGCCAAGAAACAGCUCGCGUCACCAGCUCGGUCCGAGCCUGCGCCUAUCUACCGUUUUUACGAGGGCGAGGGCGAGAAUGGCGCGGGGCUCCCUGGGUACGACGAUACCUCGCACGCUCACGCUGCCUACACUCCUGCGGACCACGCCAACGCCAGCGGCUACGGGCUCGACCAUCUCGCACCCAGCCUGUACCGCAGUCGCUCGGAGGGCUCUGUCGGCGUUGGAGCUGGAUACAGCAACGGUGGCGUGGUCGACUUGACGAACUACCACACCGGCCUCAUGGAGAGCGGCAUCCUGCCCGGCGGGGGCAUCAGCGCGUUCCGCGUCGGCGACCCCUUCGUCAGCGGCGAUAACUACGGCUAUGGCUACGAGUACGGCGUUGACGAUGGCGGUGGCAGCUAUGCCUACGCUGGCGGCGACCACGAGGACGCCGGUGGGAUGUGGGGCUCGACGCUGCUGGACGAGGACUUUAGUCUCCAGAGCGGCCAGGUGGACAUUCACGAGCUCAUCGAGAGGCGGGACACGCCCGUCGAGUUGACGCGCCACUAGUCUGGGCCCGCGAGGCGCUGGUACGCUAUGCGAGUUUUUGUUGUAGCGGUGGGCAUGUGCCUAUCGUAGAGUACGC